UAAAACUUUAUAAACACAACACUUGCAUGAUUUUAUAAGUUCAAUUAAUUCUACGAUUUGCCUCAUCAUGUUUUCUGAAGAUGGCUACAUAGGUUGCCCUCGGGGCAUCGAGCGUUUGAGGAGUAUGAAGGACAGAUUGAGUGAUAAAGUACUAGAGCAGGUCAAUGACUGCCAGGAGCUGGUUAUGCUGAACAGCUUCUCCAGGGAGGCCAGCGAGUAUCAGAUCAAGAAGUCUUUGCAACAGAGGAUAGCCGACAUAGCCUCCUGGCGUUGGGUUCUUGAAGACUUGUCAAGACGUCUGGACGACGGUAUCGCAGCGCUGAAGCACGAGCACAAUGCACUCCGAGUGGUGGUCCAGAGGCUGCAGAACGAGAUCAACGAUCACUCCCGGGAAGCCAGCAGACCAGGAGCCUUGAAGCCGAGGAAGGACAUCGUUGAAGAUGCGAUUAUGGAGGAAUACAACUUCCUACGGGAACAAAAGAAGAAUUUCGAAAGGAUGAUACCAGGAUUGGAUAAACAGACGGCUGUACUGGAGAAAACGAAGAAGAGAAUAGAAACAGACUUGAAGUGUAAGCAGGAGGCUAUUACGGUGGAAGAGUCUUGUGCUAAAAUAGACAUAAAUUCCCUGACAAGCUUCAAAGGCAAGAAGAAUAGAAAGAGAAGUUUUUCGCCGUUAUGCCGAUGGGAGAAUCGAUGUGCCUCAUUGAAGCGAGCUGGUAUCAACGCGCUCAGCAAUGCUGUGAUAACAAGACAACAGGUGCGAGGCGCGAGAGUGCAACUGUCCAUCGCGGCACAAUCAUUCGGGGCUAAAGUAGACGCGGCGCUGCGCAGGCGGCUCCAUAACAACACGGCAAAACUUCAAGAACUGCAAUGGCAAAGGGAAGAGGCUGUAAAAGAUUUAGGGUCGCUAGACGAAGAGCUAAUAGCGACGGAGCAGAAUAUUCUGGAGACCAUGGAUCAGGAGCGGGUGGUCGAAGCAAGACUUGCUGAUCGUACGCUUAGGCCGGCGAAGGAGACCACCAGGGACGAGGUGGACAAAAGCUUGAGAGACGAACUGGCAAGAUUGAAGACGUUUAAUAAGAGGUUGCAGGAAAAUAUCGAAAAAAUCGCACGUUUACAAAACAAUCUAAACGACACAAUAUCACGCAUCGACUGUUGUGCCGAAGAUCUAGCUCAGGUAGUUCGUCUGGACCAAGACCGCAUGGCUUGGAGACUUGGGGAACAGGUCAAAUGUGACUCAGGUACCGACGCCGCGCCUCCACCUAGAGCUGUUCCACCAAAAGCGGCAGCACCCAUAACUGUGCCUUCCUACUUCGGAACCUCACUCCGAACUAUAAAGGAAGAAGAUGAGGAGGAAGAUGACUAUCCUUUCGAUGAUUAAGAUCCUCAUAUAGAAUAGCGUCACUUUAUAGCCGAGGCAAAUGAGUAAGCGCCCGGAUAUAGAUCCUCCUAUCAUUUUCUUAGAAGGGUUUCUAGAGGACAGAUUUAUAGAUGGUCAAAAACUAUAUGGCCCAAAGUCGGUCCUUGAGAGACUUAACGGCGGGUCUGAAGGGAGAAUUAGUGGGUAGGUACUGCAUAAUUGAAAUAGGCUACGAAGCAGUUGGCAUCGUAGAUAAAUUAGGUAUAUUUCUAAAAGCAACGUGCUAUGGAAUUAUCAGGAUAAAAACUAUCCUCUCACGUUGAACACAUCGAGAGUCUUUAAAUAAUUGAAGUCACUGAGGAUAAUCUAGUGAUUUUUUGAAGAUUUGUAGACGUGUCCAUAUAAUGAGAUAGAUUUGGCAUCAUUAGACACAUUGUCAUAAAAAAGUGACACAGAAGAAUUAAGAAAUCAGUCUUACUUAUUCGCUGCAUUGUGUAAGUAGUUGAUAAUAUGUUGUGCUCUUAGUUGAACACUUGCGCUAGAUAGAAUUAAUUUUAAAAUGUACCUACUUUCAUUAAAUAUUUAAUACACACGAUACAUUAAAAGAUUAAAUUUUCUAUUUCAUACAUGAUAAUUUUCGUUGUAUUUAUUUAUCUGAUUAUUAUUUGUAUAAAACUUUGAUUUGUUAUAUUCUAUGUAUUACUUUGCUAUUCAGAAUAAAUUAU